AUUGGUGAAUGAUGUAAAGCCGUUUAUGCGAGCAUUACAUAACAAAGGUAUCUCUGUGAAUAGAGAGAUAAGCAGCCUUUCUCCAUUGUGCCAUUUGUGCAAGCGUAACCUAGGCCUUGCUUUCACCUACUUCCGCAUCCUUCAAGUAAGAAGUCGGCUCGCGAUGCAUUCAGUCCCUGAGUCGGUCGUCGGCUUAGAUUCGCGUAGGAUCGCUCGAACUUAUGUAUAUGUACGUAUUCGGUCGACCCAGAUAUUCUGGGCCAUCAUGUCGUGCUUUCGUUAUUGCAUAGUUUUGAUGUUUGUUUCCUGUUCAAUUUUGGUUUCGGGUCUUUCUGUGGAGACUUUUGAUGACGGUUAUCAUGAAUGUAUGCGUUCUUGUUCCGACGAUCCAUCUUCGAAAAAAACGUGCUUCUAUAAUUUCAUUAUCACAGAAUCACAUGGUGUAACAAGCAGUUUCUACAACAAACUCGAGAGCAACGGCGAUGUUUCUCGUUGCACGAACGUUACCACGAGAAGAAGCUUUUUAACGAUUAAUGGAAAAAGUCCAGGCCCGGCUAUACAAGUUUGUCUCGGCGACACGAUAGAGGUCCUCGUUCAUAACAAAUUAGGAAGCGACGAGUUGACUCUGCACUGGCACGGAAUCCGACAAAAGGAUAAUUACAUGGAUGGGGUGCCUAUGAUAACGCAAUGUCCCAUCUUGCCCUUCGGUGGUUUUCGUUACAAAAUAAUCCCGGAGAGCGCGGGAACGUACUUCUACCACGCUCAUUCGGUCUCGCAGCAGGGCGACGGGGUGUACGGGUCGUUGACAGUUCGAGGACCACGGGACGAGGACCCUGGUCUGGAAAGGACGCUCGUCCUGUCGUCAAGGCCGUCGACUCCGCUGACGCGACACGCGAGCCUCCUCUCGCCACCUACGCCGGGCGAGCUUCUCGUGAACGGCCAGGCGCGAGAAGUGGUCGUGCGAGUAAGGCAUGGAUCUCGCUAUUUACUACGCCUCGUUAAUGCAAAUGUUCACGAUUGUCCCGUUUUACUGUCUGCCCAUGGACACUCACUUCAGAUACUUGCUGCUGAUGGCAACCUUGUACAAUCGAUGAUGGGCACGCAUGUCGUUUUAUUCCCAGGAGAAAGACUCGACGGCAUUCUAACGGCUGAUCAAGCAAUCGGCAAGUACGUUCUCGAUAUUCAAGGUCUUCAGGAAUGUCGCAAUUUGCAUCAAGAGGCAUAUAUUUUUUAUGAAGAUGCCGGACACGAUUCGGAUAGUAAGGACAUAAUAAGGAUCGUCGAUGCUGACAACUUUGACGCACAAUCAUUUAAAAUCGCCGAAAGUGGUCAUGAUUGUCAUAAAAUAUCGAAAAACGUCAUUUGUUCUUUGGAUCUGAAGAGCAGAAAAUUAUUGCAACUGAAAGAGAAAGCAGAUGAAACGAUCUACGUGCCCUUCGACGCAAAUGCUUUUUCAUUUUUUACGGAUGAGAUGACGGACAAUUCUUACAACUUUUAUAAGUCAAAAUAUUAUCCAGCUUAUUUGAGCUUAAAACCAGGCACGAUAAGGAUACCGCAGAUUAAUGGCAUGUCUUUCAAAUAUCCGCCAUCUCCGAUAUUAUCACAACCAGAAAAUACCUUGGAGAAGAUGAUUUGCUCCCUCGAUAAACGCUCUAGCGAAUGCGCCGACACACCGUUAUUUUGCGAAUGUUUGCAAUUGCUCCAAGUUCCACCGAGAAAAAUAAUCGAAAUAAUAUUAAUAAAUAAAGGCUUUGGAGGUAAUGCGUCUUACACGUUUCAUUUACACGGUUACAAUGCCAGUAUUAUUGGUCGAGAUAGUUUCAAGCAGCCUUUUACCAAAGAUGAAUUCAUGUCCUUAGACCUUAAUGGAAAGAUACAUCGAAAUCUUAAGAAUCCGGUGCAAAAAGAUACAUUUGUCGUACCAAAUAAAGGAUAUAUCAUUCUUCGUUUCUACACCGACAAUUUAGGAUAUUGGCUGUGGGAAGCGAGAAGUACCGCUGUAUAUUCUCCACUACUCGGGCCUGGAAUGCAAUUCCUAAUGAGAGUAGGUCUCCAGCGAAACUUGCCGCUUGUACCGAUCGACUUCCCUAACUGCGGCAAUAACAAAGGCAUGGAUUUGAUAUUUGAGAACGCUUAAAUAUUUUUAACUCUUCUGUAUAUGCAAUACAGAAUAUAUGACAUAAUAUAGUUUGAAUAUUGACGAAUAUUGUUGAGUAAUAUUAAUCGUUAUUAUUUUUAUAGAAUGUUUUAUUUUAUCAUUCUUGUUUCGCACAGAAAAAUUUAUAUUUAUAUCGAGUUACUAUCGAUUUUUAUUACUUGACACGCGUACGUGUCGGGCAUGUUUUAUUGGGUAUAAUAAUUAUAGUUUCACUUGUUUUGCUCAACGCAUAUGACAAUAUACUCGUAGAUAGCUAAUAUAGAAAAAGAUUUUAUAAUAAAGUUUUCAAAACUUUAAAUCUUUUUCUAUGCCACCUCAUUGUAUACUCUGAAAAAUUGUAAAUUCUUUAAAAUCAAUUGUAUUGAAUAUUUUCAAUAAUCUUAUGCUGUGUUCCGAUAUAUACCGCCAGGACUAAAAAUCUAUAGUUCACCUUACGUUUACUAUAGAUUUUCAGUAUUGAUAAUAAAUUUCGAAACGCAACCUUAAUAUUAUACAUAUUGAUUAUUAUAUUUUAUAUUAAAAUAAAAUAUAAAAAGGCAGCUAGAAUUUAGCUACAUAUAGUUUAAAUGGCGACAUUCAACUGUGAAGUUGAAGAGUGAUUUAUAAAUUACUAGACGUAAAUGAUCAUUAAUAAAUACAUAAUAUUUGUAAUAAAUAGAUAAUUAUGAUAUAGUAUAUAAUUCACAUUUCAAUACUUAGUUCAAUCACGAUUAUCUAUCGCACACGAUUUUGUCUGUUACAUUUUUCCAAUGUAACUUAUUUUAUGUAUAACACUUUUUCAAUAUAAAUAUUGUCAAAAUUUUAAGUAAAA